AUGCCGGACGCUUCAAAUUCUCGAUUUACCCAUCCUUCAUUUUUGAACGCUUGAUUAUACUUUUAGUUCGUCACAUAAACCGAAAGCAUGUAGGAAAAUCUAUUACAGACCUAUAACAGACACCGGCCUUUUCAAACUUUACAAUGAUAUGGAAUCAACAUGUUUCAAAUUUGUUAAUGAAGAAGGUGAAACAAUCCAAUCUAAAGUCGAAAAAUUUACAUCUAUUGUCAGAAAUUCGCUCAAUUAAGAUCUUCAUAUAAAAUCGCGAUUUGUUAAUGAUAAUAAAAGCUCCUGUAAUGUGUAUUGCUUCAAUGAUCAUAUCAAAAAUAUGAGAAAAACUUUGACGUUCCUAACAGAGCUUUAUACAGACGAUGCUACUUCUGUUAGUGCGGACUGCUUGAAAACAUUUAAAUAUAGUUACAGACAAGAAAUUGUCAAAGCUAAGAUUAAAGCCAACGAUAACUACAUUAAUAAAUCCAAC